CCCCUCCCCCUCCCCGGGACCGGGCCCAGCGCGCCAUCCUCCCCCUCCCUCCUUCCCUCCCUCCCUCCUUCCUCCCUUCCCUCUCCCUGCCCCCCUCCCCCGCCGGUGGAUGGGAGUGAAGGACGGAAGAGGCCCUGCGGAGGCGGCGGUGCAGCGCCCCGGUGGAAUGAACUGUACUUGUUGAAUAUUUCCUGGCUACUGGUUGGAAUCACUUUCAAAAGAAUCAUUUUUGCCUGUGUGGAAGCCACAUAGUGGCAUAUUUAAUUAUAUAUAUCCAAGGAUCUCAAAGCUUUUGAUUUCCUGAAGGACAUAUAUCAAAUAAGCUUCACAUUACAGCCAAAAUGGUGCUGUCCCAGCGACAACGAGAUGAACUAAAUCGAGCUAUAGCAGAUUAUCUUCGUUCAAAUGGUUAUGAAGAAGCAUAUUCGGUUUUUAAAAAGGAAGCUGAAUUAGAUAUGAAUGAAGAAUUAGAUAAAAAGUAUGCUGGCCUUUUGGAAAAAAAAUGGACAUCUGUUAUUAGAUUACAAAAGAAGGUUAUGGAAUUAGAAUCAAAACUAAAUGAAGCAAAAGAAGAAUUUACGUCGGGUGGUCCUCUUGGUCAGAAACGAGACCCAAAAGAAUGGAUUCCCCGUCCACCAGAAAAAUACGCAUUGAGUGGUCAUAGGAGUCCAGUGACUCGAGUAAUUUUCCAUCCUGUGUUCAGUGUUAUGGUAUCUGCUUCAGAGGAUGCUACAAUUAAGGUGUGGGAUUAUGAGACUGGAGAUUUUGAACGAACUCUUAAGGGGCAUACGGACUCUGUACAGGACAUUUCCUUUGACCACAGUGGCAAGCUUCUGGCUUCUUGUUCUGCAGAUAUGACCAUUAAACUAUGGGAUUUUCAGGGCUUUGAAUGCAUCAGGACCAUGCAUGGCCAUGACCAUAAUGUCUCUUCAGUAGCCAUCAUGCCUAAUGGAGAUCAUAUAGUGUCUGCCUCAAGGGAUAAAACUAUAAAAAUGUGGGAAGUGCAAACUGGCUACUGUGUGAAGACAUUCACAGGACACAGAGAAUGGGUACGUAUGGUGCGGCCAAAUCAGGAUGGCACUCUGAUAGCCAGCUGUUCCAAUGACCAGACUGUGCGUGUAUGGGUUGUAGCAACCAAGGAAUGCAAAGCUGAGCUCCGAGAACAUGAACAUGUGGUAGAAUGCAUUUCCUGGGCUCCAGAAAGUUCAUAUUCUUCCAUCUCUGAAGCAACAGGAUCUGAGACUAAAAAAAGUGGCAAGCCUGGGCCGUUCUUGCUAUCUGGAUCCAGAGACAAAACUAUUAAGAUGUGGGAUGUCAGUACUGGCAUGUGCCUUAUGACUCUUGUGGGUCAUGAUAAUUGGGUACGUGGAGUUCUGUUCCAUUCUGGGGGGAAGUUUAUUUUGAGUUGUGCUGAUGACAAGACUCUACGUGUAUGGGAUUACAAGAACAAACGAUGCAUGAAGACCCUCAAUGCGCAUGAACACUUUGUUACCUCCUUGGAUUUUCACAAGACGGCACCCUAUGUGGUUACUGGCAGUGUAGAUCAAACAGUAAAGGUGUGGGAGUGCCGUUGAGUUUCAGUUGGCCCUUCCUCCCUUUUUCCUCUGGAUGCACUCUGAUGAUACCAUGGUUACCCCAUUGAGCUCUGUUUAAAUAAAUAUUGUCCUUUCAUGUAAAUUAUUCUGGAUGUAGAUUGAGCUUAUUAAAUGUUACACACAAAGUAUUCAUGCAUGGUGAAUCCAAAUUGUAUACUGUAAAUUUACAUACGUUGUCUAGAAGUACCAUAGGGUUUAAAAACCUGGGCUGGCAUUGGUCACACCAGGCCUACAAGGGCAGAAGUAUAAAUUGAACUUAGGGCACUAAACUGAAUAGUUGACAGUGUCUUUUUAUGUUGGAUUAACACUUGUUUUUCUUUCUGCUAUCUGUUGGUGCCUGACUUGAUGGCCUCAUUUUGGGAAAAGUGGUUAUUAGGGCUUUUUCUGAAAUGUGUAUCUAAGUAACAUCACUUAAGUGUGCUUAAAUCUUUAAGGAUGUUAGAUAAUAAGACUACAAUUCACAAUCUUUUGAACCAUCUAUGUAAUUAAUGGGAAUUACAACUUGAAAUUUUUUGUUAUGACCCAUUUGCCAAAUCAAUAGGAUAUGUUUGUUUUGGCAGCCUAUCAAGCAAAGGCUAGUGGUAUAUUUAUGUAUGAAAAUGAUUGUAAAUCUCAAGAAAAAUCUCAGCAGCUAAUAGCAAAAUCAUCUGUGUUUUUUUUUUGUUUUUUUUUUUUUAGUUGAGUCUUAAUGCUUUGUAAACAGGUCAGAAAACACUGUCAUACUCUUAAGCUUCUAUUUUCCACACUAGACAUACUUCUGGUUGUAUUCUUCAUGCUGUUUAGACUGUAUAGUGAUGUGACUUCCAAGUAGAAUUUAAUCUUCCCAUUGAGUGUCAUGGUACAAAUCACUAUUUGUUUGUUUUUAGGGAUGUGCAAUGUGCAUUACAUAAUGACAGAGAAAUAUUGAAAAGGUUAUGUUUGCCCAUUUUAAAGGAAUUGGAGAAAUACAGCAGUUUUUCAACAUGAAUCUGUUAAAAAUUGGAUCUGUGUUUCACUUAAAAGUUUAAAAAAAUGACAGGGUUUAAUGGAACGUGCAUUUAAAAUGUACUGUUAUUUUCACUUUUUGUUUAUAUGUAAAUGUUUAUAAAUAUAUGGACCUAUCUCAAAAAUGGGUAAGUCUGUAUAUGUAUAUCACACAUACAACCUCCAUGUUUUGGGUCUUGGGUUUUUGAAGAAGUGCUAAAAUGUACUAGUAAGGUAAAUCUUGCUGUGGAAUACCAUAACCAUCCUUUAGAUUAGAACAAGCCCUUUUUGAUCCUUAAUGCUUCUGAAAACUGGGUUUGACUGGGGGGGGGGGGGUCUUAGCUAAAGGAAAGUCAAAAGUCACUUCCUUUAUUUCCUGCUCAAAGAUGGUCAUUCAGCAUCUUACACAUCCCUGAUAUAUUGUAUAUUUUGAUCCAAAGUUACAAGUAGGUUUAAGAGAAUUUUUAUCUAUGACUUUUGGAACACUAUUCCACUGUCAAUUAUUAAGAAAGAGUUCCACUGCUUUAGUUAACUUUAAAAAAAAAAAAAAGUCAUGUGAAAAAUUAAUAAAAACAAUGAAAUAACAAUGGCAGUUUAACAAAGAAAAACUUGUUUUCCUGAAUUGCAUUUUAUUCAUUUGUGUAAUAUGUGAUCUUCUUAUGUCCCUUUUAGUAUUUAAUGGAAAUUUGAUUCCUGGAAAGGACAAAGGGUGAGAAAUAAAUGUCCUGUAGGUGCACACACAGCGAAUAGGCCAUGUAUUAACUAGAAGCAGCUUAAAAUUUAGCUUGUGUGUUUUUGUUGGUUUGCUUGUUUGUUUUUAAUAAUUCCUGAGAUGUCUCCAGAAAGGAAAAUGUUUUGAGAACUAAUAGCUAUUUUUGAGGACAAAAAUUACAUCUUAAUUCCAUAAAUACAGUAGGUUAGCUUCCAGGACAAUAUUGCCUCACAACCCUGCUUACAUUGAGAAGUCUUUUCCCCCUAGCUGUUCUGCCUGUAUUUUUCUCCAAAAGCUACAGAAGAUAUCUUUGUUCUCAUUUGCUGCUAUUUCCUGCCCUAUUUCAAGAAAUAUAAAUACAUAGAAAUGGUGCAUCUUAACAUUUGUUUGUACAUGUUAAGUGUCAUGUAUUUUAAUUCAUUUUUUAGCAUGUAGUCAUAUGAAUUGUUUAAGGGUAAGCCACAACAUCUAGGAAUCAUUCAGACACACAAACAAUAAAGGAAAACUGGUACCAAUGUAGAGGAGCAAAGCUGCUGUUCCUGGGUUUCUUCCCCUUCAGCGCACUGUGACUGUAUUUGAAAAAGGAGGCCUACAGUUACUCUGUAAACAAAGCUAUCCUUACUUGGGAGGUUGCCACAGCCUGCUGCUUAAUUGAGUUACCAGACAUCCUCCAUUUAAGAAGCGGCAAACAUUGAAUCUCAGGGAUGGUCCACAACUGGAUCCAAAUGUAACGAGCCCUGUUUGAAUAAAGAAGGGGAGUGGGGGAGAGCAAGCCAUCCACAUCUGGCAUCAGAUUUGCAAAGGUUUCCUGCACUGUUGUUUGACACUGCCCUGUUGAUGCCCUUUCUUAUACUCUGUGUUCUGUUUUCUGUCUGCUGUCUAGCCCUGUGCCUUGCCUGGGAUGAGGACAAUGAUGAGGUUACUGGUUGGGUUAUAAGUACAGGACUUGAUAAAUUGGAUUGAGGUUCACUGCUGUUUUGCCAUUUCUUCAAAUCAAAUUGGCCACUUAUCUAAGAAAUAAAAUGCUGGUAGAAUUGUAUCCUCAGAUGAUUAUUGACUUUUUGUGUGUGUAUGGAAACAGACAUUCCAGUGCCACCCUAAUGUAAUGUGCCCAAGAAGUCCCAGCUGCACUCUGGAGAGGUGAGCCAUGGGAAAGGUGGUGUAGAUAUGGCUUGGAGAAUAGUUGAUUUUUUGACAUGGCAUCUUGCACUUUAGGAGACUUAAGACCGUCCUGUUUGUCUGUGUGUGGUGUGACCAAUGGUGUGCCCAGAGCACUACCCAAAAUCACUAGUGUUAGCAAGUUGUCCCGGGCUGUGGAACGUGCGCUGUAGUCCUUUGGAAGCUUUGGCUCUAGAUUCACCAAGCCCAGUCUCCUUACUGUCAGUGCCCUGCUCUCCUGUUUGCCUUUCUGUUUCUGUGUGAACUUCUAGGUUACUAUCACUCAUUAAAUAGUUUUUUAAUUUAAAGAAAAAAAAUUAAAAUAAAGAACAUUUUGUUUGUUGACAGUGGUGGCUUGAUAAUCCUUAAGCAACUGAAAUAGAAGGAAAAGGCACUUAAAAUGGUUAUUCUUUCUGUCCAGCUGUAUAUAAAACCAACAUGUUAAUUAUUAUUCUAGACGAUACAAAGGAGAAUCUCCUGAUAGAGAAUGACAUGGACAAAAAUUGGUUGAAAAAGGUUUUGGGGUUUUUUCCAGCAAAGGGAGGGGGUUAAGCUGGAUUUACAAGUCACAACUGGAACCGGCCUUCUAUCUUCCCACAAUAUCAUGUGAGUAGCUGCUUUCUUGUCCUGCCUAUCCUUCAGGCAUCCCUAAAGUUCACUUUGAAGAUAUUAAAAAUAAACACAAAGUCUUCGAAUUAGAAGUUGAUCCUGACAUUGACAUGAAGGCAAGCAUUGAUUUCGUAUGAACGUUGCAGAGGUGGUUAAUUGGAGAAAACAGUUCCCCAGAUUGUAAGAGUUCACUGAAGACAUUGACACUUUUAAAAAAAAUCAGUAAAGGAAUGUAUAUAAUAUUGCUCUUGUGUUUUACAGUAAGAUUUGUUGCUCUCAGACUGUGUAAAACAAAAUUUAUUCAUGUUUUCUGCAUAUUAAAAAUCUUAUUGUACCAAUUGGUAAACUAUUAAAUGCCUAUAAAACUA